ACUGUAGAUGCAUUCCCUAACCAUCUGACGUCAAGAGGGAAGGGCUGAGGCCAGCGGACACUGGGCUAUAUAACAGUCCCUCCCUGGCACCUUCAUUCAUUCACAACUACUCUUUGGAUUAAACUACUACCACUUCUGCGGAGAGGCUCCUUCGUCGGGUUCCUCGGACGACGCAGCAGGAAAGCAGGAGGUUCAUAAAGCAGCCCGAGAUAAACAAUGAAAAUGUCCGCGACGGAGAUCUCCCAGGUUCUCAAGGAAGGAGAGCUGGAGAAGAGGAGCGACAACCUGCUCCAGUUCUGGAAGAGAAAGACGUGCGUUCUGACCACGGACAGUCUCAACAUUUACGCCGACACGCAGAAGCGCUCAAAGGGCAAAGAGCUCAAGCUGCAGUCCAUCAAGAAGGUGGACUGCGUGGAGCGCACCGGCAAGUUCGUCUACUUCACCAUUGUAACCACAGACAAUAAGGAGAUCGAUUUCCGGUGUACUGGGGAGGAAAACUGCUGGAACGCAGUGAUCACCAUGGCCCUGAUUGAUUACCAGAACAGAGAGGCCAUCCAGCACUUUAAAACGCGGCAGGACAAUGAGAGCGCGUCGCCCGGGCAGCAGGAGAGGCGCAUGGCGAGGGCGCCGUGAGCCGCUGCGGAGACACUGGCAGUUAACUACACCUAAUAAUAUGUGUCUUUGAGGACCAUUGAGAAAGACUACGCGGACCAAAAGGAAGACGAGGUCAUCCGGUCCAGAGAUGAAGGACUGUUCGGGACUGAGAUCCUAAUUCAAACCGACAGACAGACUUUCAGAAGCUCCAAACAGGACUGAACUCUUGAACUGUCAAAACUAUUUCAUGCUUGCCAUCCAGGGAGAAAUAACUCCCCAAACCGACAUGUUAAUUUAUUUGUUUCCAGGAUAUGGUGUUACUGGCAAACAGCUUGUUGUUUAAAUUAUUUGCUAUUUCAGUGUGUGUCAAGUGUAUUUAUUUGAAUAAAAAUCCAUGUGUUUUUUGGCAUACCUUCA